CUCUGCUCUGCGCUUGAGAAGGAGCCCGUGUGUGAAAUCGAGGGGACGGGCAGCGGGCUCCCGGAACCUGCAGUCAUGGCUGAGGCGGGGGAGGGAGAGGACGAAAUCCAGUUCUUGCGGACUAAUGAUGAAGUUGUGCUGCAGUGCAGCGCCACUCUCCACAAGGAGCAGCUCAAACUCUGUCUCGCUGCCGAGGGCUUUGGCAAUCGACUCUGUUUUUUGGAGUCUACCUCAAAUUCCAAGAAUGUUCCUCCAGAUCUGUCUAUCUGCACCUUCGUAUUGGAGCAAUCCCUCUCUGUACGAGCUCUUCAGGAGAUGCUGGCAAACAAUGAAGAGAAAGCCGAAGGGGCAACUCAGGGUGGAGGCCACCGCACCCUUCUGUAUGGACAUGCAGUCUUGCUCAGACACUCUUACAGUGGAAUGUAUCUUUCUUGUUUGUCCACAUCUCGAUCUUCAACAGACAAAUUGGCCUUUGAUGUCGGGCUGCAGGAAGAUACAACUGGGGAGGCCUGCUGGUGGACGAUACACCCAGCCUCUAAACAACGCUCAGAAGGAGAAAAAGUACGUGUUGGGGAUGACCUUAUUUUAGUCAGUGUUUCUUCAGAGCGGUACCUGCAUUUGUCAUAUGGCUGUAGCACUUUACAAGUUGAUGCCGCAUUCCAGCAAACCCUCUGGAGUGUUGCUCCAAUUUGCUCUGGAAGUGAAGUAGCGCAAGGAUAUUUAAAGGGAGGGGAUGUACUGAGGUUACCACAUGGACACAUGGAUGAAUGUCUUACUGUACCUUCAGGAGAGCAUGGAGAAGAACAGCGAAGGACAGUGCAUUAUGAAGGUGGAGCAGUGUCCAUUCAUGCCCGAUCUCUGUGGAGACUGGAGACACUGAGGGUUGCAUGGAGUGGAAGCCACAUCAGAUGGGGCCAGCCAUUCAGACUGAGACAUGUUACAACUGGAAACUACUUGAGCCUCAUUGACGAGAAAGGCCUUCUUCUAAUGGGCAAGGAGAUAUCCGAUGUAAAAAGCACAGCUUUUUGUUUCAGAUCAUCCAAGGAAAAACUGGAUGCCGGAAUAAGAAAAGAAGUGGACGGGAUGGGAUCUCCAGAGAUAAAAUAUGGUGAUUCUGUGUGCUUUAUCCAGCAUGUAGACACUGGACUAUGGCUCACCUAUCAGUCUGUAGACGCCAAAUCAGCUCGGAUGGGAACGGCUCAACGUAAAGCCAUAAUGCAUCAUGAAGGUCACAUGGACGAUGGCUUAACUCUCUCACGCUCUCAACAUGAAGAAUCAAGGACUGCGCGUGUUAUACGCAGUACCGUCUUUCUCUUCAACAGAUUUAUUGGAGGCCUUGACGCUCUCAAUAAACAAGGAAAGUCCACCUCUGUUGAUUUACCCAUUGAAUCAGUCAGCUUGAGUUUGCAGGAUCUGAUCGGCUACUUUCAGCCACCCGACGAACAUCUAGAACACGAAGAGAAACAGAACAGAUUGCGAGUGCUGAAGAACAGACAAAAUCUCUUCCAGGAAGAGGGAAUGAUUAACCUUGUUCUUGAGUGCAUUGAUCACCUUAACGUGUACAGCAGUGCGGCCCAUUUUACCGAUGUCGCUGGGAAGGAAGCAGGAGAGUCCUGGAGAGCAAUUCUCAACUCAUUGUAUGAAUUACUAGCUGCCCUAAUCAGAGGAAAUCGCAAAAACUGUGCCCAAUUUUCGGGUUCCUUGGACUGGCUGAUUAGCAGACUGGAGAGAUUAGAAGCUUCUUCCGGAAUUCUUGAAGUUUUGCACUGUGUUCUUGUGGAAAGCCCGGAAGCUCUGAACAUUAUCAAGGAAGGGCAUAUAAAAUCCAUUAUUUCCUUGCUAGAUAAACAUGGAAGAAAUCAUAAGGUUUUGGAUGUGUUGUGCUCUCUGUGUGUCUGCCAUGGAGUUGCCGUACGAUCUAACCAGCAUUUAAUUUGUGACAACUUACUACCAGGAAGAGACCUACUGUUGCAAACACAGCUCAUCAACCAUGUCAGCAGCAUGAGGCCCAAUAUCUUCCUUGGAAUCAGCGACGGUGCUGCCCAGUACAAGAAGUGGUACUUCGAGCUUAUAGUGGACCACGUUGACCCCUUUGUAACAACGGAAGCUACACACCUUCGGGUUGGCUGGGCUUCCACGGACGGCUAUUCACCCUGCCCUGGAGGAGGUGAAGGAUGGGGUGGAAAUGGUGUAGGAGAUGACCUCUACUCCUACGGAUUUGACGGACUGCACUUAUGGUCAGGCUGCAUUGCUCGGACAGUAAAUUCACCAAACCAGCAUUUGCUGAGGGAUGAUGACGUUGUCAGCUGCUGCCUGGAUUUAAGCGCUCCAAGUAUUUCCUUCCGCAUUAAUGGACAACCAGUUCAGGGAAUGUUUGAAAAUUUCAACACCGAUGGGCUCUUCUUUCCUGUGGUCAGCUUCUCGACAGGAGUAAAAGUUCGUUUCUUGCUUGGCGGUCGCCACGGGGAGUUUAAGUUCCUUCCACCUCCUGGCUAUGCUCCGUGUUUCGAAGCCUUGCUGCCAAAAGAAAAAAUGAGGGUGGAACACACGAACGAAUAUAAGCAAGACCACAAUGGCGUGCGUGACCUACUGGGUCCGACCAUCUCUCUCACACAAGCUGCCUUCACUCCAAUGCCUGUGGAUACCUCUCAGGUACUAGCUGCUCAACCUCGCCACGACCACAAGGGCGUGCUGCUGAUAGUUCUAGUGGUCCGACCAUCCUCCUCUGACAAGCUGCCUUCACUUCCAAUCUGUGUUCUCAGGAGUCACAAACCUACGGAACAACACAACAACAAACACGUCAGUGCCAACCAGAAGCCGACCACGCCCCCCAGCACAGCAGCAAAGCUGGCUGGGAUUGCUUUCACACCGAUCCGAGAUGACAACAAACGACAACACCCUUGCCUGGUAGAAUUCUCCAAGUUGCCAGAACAGGAGCGAAAUUACAAUUUGCAGAUGUCUCUGGAAACCCUGAAAACACUUAUGGCUUUGGGGUGCCAUGUUGGCAUCGCCGAUGAACAGGCAGAAGAGAAAGUGAAGACAUUAAAGCUUCCCAGAAACUACCAGCUACCCAGUGGAUACAAGCCCGCUCCUAUGGAUUUGAGCCACAUCAAAUUAACCUCAACCCAGGAGGCCAUGGUGGAUAAACUGGCAGAGAAUGCGCACAAUGUUUGGGCCAGAGACCGCAUCAGACAGGGCUGGACAUACGGCAUUCAGCAGGAUGUCAAAAAUAGAAGAAACCCUCGUCUGGUUCCAUAUACCUUGCUGGAUGAGCGAACAAAGAAGUCUAACAAAGACAGCUUGCGUGAAGCAGUUCGCACACUGCUUGGGUACGGAUAUAAUCUGGAGGCACCUGACCAAGACUAUGCUGCCCGAUCUGCUCAGUCGAACAACGCGGCUCAGAGGUUUCGCAUUUUCCGUGCGGAGAAAACCUAUGCGGUGAAAAGCGGGAAGUGGUACUUUGAGUUUGAGGCGGUGACUGCUGGGGACAUGCGUAUCGGCUGGACCAGACCAGGCUGCCGCUCGGAUCAGGAGCUCGGCACCGAUGACCAGUCCUUUGUGUUCGAUGGCUUCAAGGGCCAGCGGUGGCAUCAGGGCAAUGAGCACUUUGGCCGCUCCUGGCAGGCGGGUGAUGUAGUCGGCUGCUUGGCUGACAUGAACGAGAACACCAUGACCUUCACCCUGAACGGGGAGGUGCUGCUGGAUGACUCAGGAUCCGAGCUUGCCUUCAAGGACUUUGAGGCCGGUGAUGGGUUUAUUCCAGUGUGUAGCUUGGGACUCUCUCAAGUUGGUAGGAUGAACUUUGGAAAUGACGUUGCUACGCUUAAGUACUUCACCAUCUGCGGUCUGCAAGAGGGAUACGAGCCCUUUGCGGUGAACAUGAACAGGGACAUCACCAUAUGGUUCAGCAAGAGGCUGCCUCAGUUCAUCUCUGUGCCAGCAAACCAUGAGCACAUCGAGGUGACGAGAAUAGAUGGCACCGUGGAAAGCUCGCCCUGCUUGAAGGUCAUACAGAGGUCAUUUGGCUCACAGAACAGCAGCACAGACAUUGUUUUCUACCGACUGAGUAUGCCCAUUGAAUGUGCAGAGGUCUUCUCCAAAAUGCCCAUCGGAGGUCUGGCCAACACCAACAUCCUACCUCAGAAAAACGAAAUUGAAGACUACGACGCCGAUUCGGACUUCGAGGUUCUAAUGAAAACAGCACAUGGGCACCUGGCCUCGACCACCUCCGAGAAAGAGAAAGAAAGUGUCAAGACAGAAUUCAAUAACCACAAGGACUACAAUCAAGAAAAGCCUUCUCGCCUAAAGCAGAGAUUUAUGUUAAUGCGAACAAAACCUGACUAUAACUUAACACAUUCUUCAACACGACUCACUGAGGAGGUACAUGCUGACGAUAGAGAUGAUUAUGACUUCUUGAUGCAGACAACAACAUAUUAUUAUUCCGUGAGAAUAUUUCCUGGUCAGGAGCCUACAAAUGUUUGGGUUGGUUGGAUCACCUCAGACUUUCACCAGUACGACACUGUCUACGAGCUGGAGAAGGUUCGCACCGUGACAGUAACACUGGGAGACGAGAAGGGGAAGGUUCAUGAAAGCAUAAAACGAAGUAACUGCUACAUGGUGUGGGCGGGAGAAAGCACAAGUCCUGGGCAAGGACGAAAUAACAAUGGCCUGGAAAUUGGCUGCCUAGUGGAUACUGCUAGCGGCUUAUUGACCUUCACUGCCAAUGGCAAGGAAUUAAAUACAUAUUAUCAGGUGGAAGCAAGCACAAAACUAUUUGCUGCGGUCUUUGCGCAAGCCACAAGUCCCAAUGUAUUCCAGUUUGAACUGGGAAGGGUUAAGAAUGUGAUGCCCCUGUCAGCAGGGUUAUUUAAAAGUGAGCGAAGGAACCCUAUUCCGCAGUGUCCUCCUCGACUUCACGUCCAGUAUCUGACUCCCGUGCUGUGGAGCAGAGUGCCGAACGAGUUCUUAAAGGUGGAUGUCAGUCGCGUCAGUGACCGCCAUGGAUGGCAGGUGCAAUGUACAGAACCUUUACGAUUCAUGUCUUUACAUAUUCCCGAAGAGAACAGGUCUUUGGAUAUCUUGGAGCUGACAGAGCAUGAGGAGCUGCUGAAAUUUCACUACCAUACCUUGCGUUUGUAUUCCGCAGUUUGUGCUUUGGGCAAUAACCGAGUGGCCCAUGCUCUUUGCAGCCACGUGGACGAGUCUCAAUUGCUGUAUGCAAUAGAGAACAAAUAUGUACCUGGCUUACUGCGGGCAGGUUACUAUGACCUACUCAUCGACACUUACCUGAACACGUAUGCCACUGCUCGGCUGAUGAUGAACAAUGAGUUCAUUGUUCCCAUGACGGACGAAACCAAGAGCAUCACCUUGUUUCCGGACGACAACCGGAAUCACGCUGUCCCUGGCGUGGGACUUAGCACCUCCCUCAGGCCGAGGAUGCAGUUCUCCUCCACCAGCUUCCUCACUGUGACCGGGGAGUGUUUCCAGUACAGCCCGGAAUUUCCGCUGGACAUCCUGAAGGCCAAGACCAUCGAGAUGCUGACUGAAGCUGUGCAGGAAGGCAGCCUCCAUGUGCGGGACCCGGUGGGCGGAAGCACUGAGUUCCUCUUCGUCCCCCUCAUCAAGCUCUUCUACACCCUCCUCAUCAUGGGCAUCUUCUGCAGCGAGGACCUGAAGCACAUCCUGCAGCUGAUCGAGGCCAGCGUGUUCUCCGAGGAGACCGACACCAGCGAAGAGAAGAGUGAGAAGGAUGUAAUCAAAGACGAACAGAAAGCAGAAGGUGGAGACGAGGAGUUCAGAGGUGAACAGGUUCCCCAGGAAGGCCUGCUACAGAUGAAGCUUCCUGAGCCAGUCAAACUCCAGAUGUGCCACCUUCUGCAGUAUUUGUGCGACUGCCAACUCCGCCAUCGGAUCGAAGCCAUCGUUGGCUUUUCCGAUGACUUUGUGCUGAAGCUGCAGGAGAACCAGAGGUUCCGAUAUAACGAGGUAAUGCAGGCAUUAAACAUGUCCGCUGCAUUGACCGCCAAGAAAACCAAAGAAUUCCGAUCACCUCCACAGGAGCAGAUUAACAUGUUGCUGAGCUUUAAAAACGACAGGCGUGAGUGUCCUUGCCCGGUGGAAGUGCGUGAAGACCUGUUGGAUUUCCAUGAAGAUCUCAUGGCUCAUUGUGGAAUUGAAUUGGAAGAAGAAGAAGCUAACAGCGCCGACAGUGACUCCACAAUCCGCGGGCGCCUGAUGAACCUGGUGGAGAAAGUGGCCUACUUGAAGAUAAGACAAAUGGAGAGCCCACUGGAACAGGAGGCAAAGAAACCCACCACCCUUCAGCAGUUGAUAUCGGAGACCAUGGUUCGGUGGGCGCAGGAGUCAGUGAUCGAGGAUCCGGAGCUUGUGCGUGCCAUGUUUGUCUUGCUGCACCGGCAGUACGAUGGCAUUGGCGAGCUUGUCCGUGCUUUACCCAAGACCUACACGAUCAACAGAGUGUCGGUGGAAGAUACAAUAAAUCUACUGGCUUCACUGGGCCAGAUCAGAUCUCUUCUCAGUGUUAGAAUGGGCAAAGAAGAGGAAAAGCUGAUGAUCCGUGGGCUUGGGGACAUAAUGAAUAAUAAAGUGUUUUACCAGCAUCCCAAUCUAAUGAGAGCCCUAGGGAUGCAUGAGACAGUGAUGGAAGUCAUGGUGAAUGUGCUUGGAGCGGGAGAAUCUAAGGAAAUAAUCUUCCCGAAGAUGGUGGCCAACUGUUGUCGUUUCCUCUGCUACUUCUGCCGAAUCAGUCGGCAAAAUCAAAAAGCAAUGUUUGAUCACUUAAGCUAUCUGUUGGAAAACAGCAGUGUUGGAUUAGCAUCUCCUUCCAUGCGAGGUUCCACUCCUUUGGAUGUUGCUGCAGCAUCUGUGAUGGACAACAAUGAACUUGCCCUGGCAUUGCGAGAACCCGAUUUAGAAAAAGUGGUUCAGUAUUUGGCUGGAUGUGGGUUGCAGAGCUGUGCCAUGCUCGUUGCCAAGGGUUACCCUGAUAUUGGGUGGAAUCCUGUGGAAGGCGAGCGAUAUUUGGAUUUUCUCCGUUUUGCUGUAUUUUGCAAUGGCGAGAGUGUGGAAGAAAAUGCCAAUGAGGUUGUAAGAUUGUUAAUUCGUCGUCCGGAGUGCUUUGGUCCAGCCUUGCGUGGAGAAGGUGGAGAUGGUCUUUUAUCUGCCAUGGAGGAAGCCAUUAAGAUCUCUGAAGACCCAGCUAGAGAUGGACUAUCACCGACUGAUGAAUGUAGUAAAAGUCUGGAUAUUGAAGAAGAGGAUGAUACCAUUCAUAUGGGGAAUGCUAUUAUGACCUUCUACUCUGCUUUAAUUGAUUUAUUGGGUCGAUGUGCACCAGAGAUCCAUCUCAUAAAUGCAGGUAAAGGUGAGGCAAUACGGAUUAAAUCCAUUCUCCGGUCCUUGAUCCCUCUGGAAGACCUGGAAGGAGUUAUCAGCAUUCCCUUCCAGAUGCCAACAGUUGCCAAGGACGGGACCGUUGUGGAGCCAGACAUGUCAGCGGGCUUCUGCCCUGAUCACAAGGCAGCCAUGGUUUUGUUCCUUGAGCGGGUGUAUGGGAUAGAAGAGCAAGAAUUCCUCUUGCAUUUGCUGGAGGUUGGCUUCUUGCCAGAUCUCCGAGCCGCUGCCUCACUGGACACGGUCGCCUUGAGUGCCACAGAUAUGGCGUUGGCAUUGAAUCGAUACCUAUGCACUGCGGUUUUGCCACUGUUAACCAAGUGUGCCCCACUCUUUGCCGGCACUGAACAUCACGCUUCCCUUAUCGAUUCCUUGCUGCACACUGUCUACAGGUUGUCUAAGGGAUGCUCCCUCACCAAGGCCCAGAGGGAUGCCAUUGAGGAAUGCUUACUUGCAAUUUGUGGACAAUUGCGGCCAUCUAUGAUGCAGCACCUGCUGAGAAGAUUGGUGUUUGAUGUUCCUCUGCUGAAUGAACAUGCAAAGAUGCCUCUCAAAUUACUGACCAUUCAUUAUGAAAGAUGUUGGAAAUAUUACUGCCUCCCGGGAGGUUGGGGGAGUUUUGGAGCUGCCUCUGAGGAAGAACUUCACUUGUCGAGAAAGUUAUUCUGGGGAAUUUUUGAUGCCCUGUCCCAGAAGAAGUAUGAACAUGAGUUGUUUAAGCUGGCUCUGCCUUGCCUGAGUGCAGUUGCUGGAGCCUUGCCCCCAGACUACAUGGAGUCCAACUAUGUGGCGAUGAUGGAGAAACAGUCUUCAGUGGACACCGAAGGCAACUUCAACCCCCAGCCUGUCGCCACUUUAAGUGUAACUCUCCCGGAAAAAUUGGAUUAUUUCAUCAAUAAAUAUGCAGAGCACAGUCAUGACAAAUGGACGAUGGACAAGCUAACAAAUGGAUGGGUGUAUGGAGAAACAAACAACGAGAUUACCAAGGUUCAUCCUUUGUUAAAGCCAUUCAAGCUUCUGUCUGAAAAGGACAAAGAAGUGUAUCGUUGGCCAAUAAAGGAGUCCCUGAAAACAAUGGUUGCCUGGAGUUGGACAAUAGAACGGACUCAAGAAGGAGAAUUCAUGGCAUUGCAUCAUAGAACUCGCCGAAUAUCUCAGUCAAGUCAGGUGUCUAUAGACUCUGCUCAUGGUUAUAGUCCUCGUCCCAUCGAUAUGAGCAAUGUUUCGCUUUCCAGGGACCUGCAUGCAAUGGCAGAGCUUCUAGCUGAAAACUACCACAACAUCUGGGCAAAGAAAAAGAAAAACGAAUUGGAAGCAAAAGGAGGAGGAAACCACCCAUUGCUGGUACCCUAUGACACACUAACAGCCAAAGAGAAAGCCAAAGACCGGGAGAAAGCACAGGAAAUCCUCAAGUUCCUGCAGAUCAAUGGCUAUGCAGUCUCAAGGGGUUUAAAAGACAUGGAGUUGGAUACACCUUCCAUUGAAAAGAGAUUUGCCUACAGCUUUCUUCAGCAACUCAUCAAAUAUGUUGACCAGGCUCAUAACUACAUUCUGCAGUUUGAUCUCUGUUGCACAACAAGAGGUGAAAAAUUUGUGCAUGAACAGGAAAUCAAGUUCUUUGCCAAGGUCGUUCUUCCUUUAAUUGACCAAUAUUUUAAGAACCAUCGUCUGUACUUCCUGUCGACUGCAAGCAGCCUGCUGAGCAGUGGAGGGCAUGCAUCCAACAAAGAAAAGGAGAUGGUAACAAGCCUCUUCUGCAAACUCGGAGUGCUUGUCAGAUAUAGGAUAUCACUGUUUGGGAGCGACGCAACAUCAAUUGUAAACUGUCUUCACAUAUUGGGCCAGACCUUGGAUGCCAGAACCUUGAUGAAAACCGGCCUGGAGUCUGUCAAGUUGGCUUUGCGGACGUUCUUCGAAAGCGCAGCGGAAGAUUUGGAAAAAACCAUCGAGAAUCUCAAACUGGGUCAGUUCACUCACACCAGGACACAGCUGAAGGGAGUGACCCAGAUCAUCAAUUACACCACAGUGGCACUGCUACCUGUUCUCUCAUCGUUCUUCGAACACAUCGGACAACACCAGUUCGGCGAAGAUCUGAUCCUGGAUGAUGUACAAGUCUCUGGCUACAGAAUAUUAAACAGCUUGUAUGCAUUGGGUACAGGGAACAGCAUAUACGUUGAAAGGCAGCGCCCAGCCCUUGGGGAAUGCCUGGCAGCAUUUGCCGGGGCUUUUCCAGUCGCCUUUCUGGAAACUGACUCGAAUAAGCACAAUCCAUUCUCAAGCUACAACACGAAGAAACCAAAAGAUGUAACAGCACUGAAGCUACCAGCUAAAGUGGAAGAUAUGUGUCCCAAUAUCCCUUCCCUAGAAUGUCUGCUGGAUGAGAUAAUAGAGCUGGCAGAAUCUGGCAUACGCUACACGCAGAUGCCCCAUGUGAUGGAAGUUAUCUUGCCCAUGCUGUGCAGCUACAUGUCGCAUUGGUGGGAGCAUGGUCCGGAGAACAACCCGGAGAAAGCAGAGCUCUGCUGCACUGCCCUCACCUCGGAGCACAUGAACACCCUGCUGGGCAACAUUCUGAAGAUCAUAUCCAACAACCUGGGCAUCGACGAAGGAGCCUGGAUGAAGAGAUUAGCAGUGUUCUCGCUGCCGAUUAUCAGCAAGGUGAAGCCGCAGCUCCUUAAAACCCACUUCCUGCCCUUGAUGGAGAAACUGAAGAAGAAAGUGGCCACGGUGGUGCUGGAAGAGGAACACCUCAAGGCCGAGGGCAGAGGAGACAUGUCAGAGGCUGAGCUGCUCAUUCUGGAUGAAUUUACUGUACUGGCCCGGGAUCUUUACGCUUUCUACCCACUGCUGAUCCGAUUUGUCGACUACAACCGUGCAAAGUGGCUCAAAGAACCAAAUUCUGACGCAGAAGAGCUUUUCCGUAUGGUGGCUGAAGUUUUCAUAUACUGGGCAAAAUCUCAUAAUUUUAAAAGAGAAGAACAAAACUUUGUGAUUCAGAAUGACAUCAACAACAUGUCGUUCCUCAUCACUGAUACAAAGUCCAAGAUGUCCAAGGGAGGGGUGUCUGAUCAAGAGAGAAAGAAGUCAAAGAGGAAAGGAGACCGUUACUCUCUACAAACUUCCCUCAUAGUGGCAGCAUUGAAGAGGUUACUGCCUAUCGGGUUAAACAUCUGUGUACCCGGCGACCAGGAGCUAAUCUCGUUGGCCAAGAAUAGGUUUAGCAUGAAAGACACGGAGGAUGAAGUUAGAGAAAUAAUUCGCAAUAAUCUACACCUUCAGGGGAAACUGGAGGAUCCUGCUAUUCGAUGGCAGAUGGCACUUUACAAAGAUCUACCCAACCGGAACGAAGAUACGUCUGACCCAGAGAAAACUGUCCUGCGUGUGCUGGAUAUUGCCAACGUGGUCCUCCAUUUGGAACAGGUUGAACAUCCACAGAGAUCUAAAAAAGCUGUGUGGCACAAGUUACUGUCCAAACAACGCAAGCGGGCAGUGGUGGCUUGCUUCAGGAUGGCACCACUUUAUAAUUUACCUCGGCACCGAGCUGUCAAUCUCUUCCUCCAAGGCUACGAGAAGUCAUGGAUCGAGACCGAGGAACAUUAUUUUGAAGAUAAGCUAAUAGAAGAUAUUGCCAAACCAGGGGGAGAGAAGCCAGUUGAAGAAGAGGAGGGAACCAAGCACCUCGACCCACUUCACCAACUCAUUCUACUUUUCAGUCGAACAGCUCUCACAGAAAAAUGUAACCUGGAAGAAGACUUUCUCUACAUGGCUUAUGCUGAUAUCAUGGCAAAGAGUUGUCACGUAGAAGAAGAUGAAGAUGGUGAAGAAGAAGUCAAAACCUUUGAAGAAAAAGAAAUGGAGAAGCAGAAGCUGCUGUACCAACAGGCAAGACUUCAUGACCGAGGGGCUGCUGAGAUGGUUCUACAGAUGAUAAGUGCCAGCAAAGGUGAAAUGGGGCCGAUGGUUGCGUCUACUCUGAAACUUGGCAUUGCUAUUCUAAAUGGUGGGAAUUCCACCGUUCAACAGAAAAUGCUCGAUUGUCUCAAGGAAAAGAAAGACGUUGGUUUCUUUCAGAGCUUGGCAGGUCUCAUGCAAUCUUGCAGUGUUCUUGAUCUGAAUGCAUUUGAACGGCAGAACAAAGCUGAAGGACUUGGCAUGGUAACAGAGGAGGGAUCAGGGGAGAAGGUGAUGCAGGAUGAUGAAUUUACGUGCGAUCUCUUUCGAUUCCUGCAGCUGCUCUGUGAAGGCCACAACUCAGAUUUCCAGAACUACCUGAGGACCCAGACGGGCAACAACACGACAGUCAACAUCAUCAUCUCAACUGUGGACUAUCUCUUGAGAGUUCAGGAAUCGAUCAGUGAUUUCUAUUGGUUUUAUUCUGCAAAAGACAUCAUUGAUGAACAAGGACAGCGCAAUUUCUCAAAGGCAAUCAAUGUGGCAAAGCAGGUGUUCAACACUCUUACAGAAUAUAUUCAGGGUCCAUGCACUGGCAACCAGCAGAGUCUGGCGCACAGCAGGCUGUGGGACGCAGUGGUUGGCUUUCUUCAUGUCUUUGCUCACAUGCAGAUGAAGUUGUCCCAGGAUUCCAGUCAGAUUGAGUUGCUGAAGGAGCUAAUGGAUCUACAGAAAGACAUGGUGGUGAUGCUGCUUUCAAUGUUAGAAGGUAAUGUGGUGAACGGGACAAUCGGGAAGCAAAUGGUGGAUAUGUUGGUGGAAUCUUCAAACAAUGUCGAGAUGAUUCUCAAAUUCUUUGACAUGUUCCUGAAGCUAAAGAACCUGACCUCUUCCGAUGCAUUCAAAGAAUAUGAUCCCGAUAGCAAAGGCUUGAUCUCCAAGAGGGACUUCCAGAAGGCCAUGGAGAGUCACAAGCACUACACACAGUCAGAAACCGAAUUCUUACUCUCUUGCGCAGAAACAGAUGAGAACGAGAUGCUGGAUUAUGAGGAGUUUGUUGAAAGGUUUCAUGAACCAGCGAAGGACAUUGGUUUCAAUGUCGCCGUACUACUUACCAACUUAUCUGAGCACAUGCCCCAUGAUACGCGGCUACAGACCUUCCUGGAGUUGGCAGAGAGCGUUCUCAAUUAUUUCCAGCCAUUUCUCGGCCGUAUAGAGAUUAUGGGAAGCGCCAAACGGAUCGAGAGGGUGUACUUUGAGAUCAGUGAAUCCAGUCGGACUCAGUGGGAGAAGCCUCAAGUGAAGGAGUCCAAAAGGCAGUUCAUCUUUGACGUUGUAAAUGAAGGAGGAGAGAAAGAAAAGAUGGAACUGUUCGUCAACUUCUGUGAAGAUACGAUCUUUGAAAUGCAGCUGGCAGCACAAAUCUCGGAAUCGGAUUCUAACGAGAGGUCCGUGUGUAAGGGAGAAGCUCAGAAGGACAAAAUCGAGGAAGAAGACCCCAGAGUGGGUUUUUUCUCCAUGACGACAAUUAGAUCCGCCCUAAUGGCGCUCAGGUACAAUGUGAUGAUACUCAUGAAGCUGUUGACAACCAAAAGCCUCAAAAAACAGUUGAAGAAAAUGAAGAAGAUGACCAUGAAAGAUAUGGCCAAGGCCUUGUUCUCCUUCUAUUGGAGUCUAUUGAUUGGGUUCUCCCAUUUUGUCUUCAGUGUUUUCCGGGGAUUUUUCCGCAUCAUGUACAGCACUUUCCUUGGGGGGAGUCUGGUGGAGGGAGCCAAGAAGAUUAAAGUGACUGAGCUCUUAGCUAGCAUGCCGGACCCAACGCACGACGAGGUGCGUGGAGAGGUUGGAGAGGGAGAGGGGAAGGUUCGGCCAUCGACCCUGACGUCUGAAGACCUGACGGAUCUAAGAGCAAUCACUGAGGAGAGCGAUUUCUUAUCUGAUAUCUUUGGUCUGGACCUACGGCGGGAAGGAGGGCAAUACAAGCUAAUUCCACACAACCCAAAUGCCCACAUGACUGAUCUGAUUGACCCACCUUCUCCUACUCUGGCACUGCCAGAAGUUCAGACGAGCUGCCAGGCUGAAGAAACAAAGGAAGACGAGAAAGAAGAGAAAGAAAACUACAAAGACAAACCAGAGAAAGCUGACGGGGAGGAUGGAGAAAAAGGGGAAAAUGUGACAGAACAGAAGCCUCGACGAAAAAGGAGACAGCGACACGCUGAGAAAAUAGAUGAACCUGAAGUACAAGAGUCUGCUUUCUGGAAAAAGAUUACAGCUUACCAGCAGAAGUUACUUAAUUAUUUUGCCCGUAACUUCUACAAUAUGAGGAUGUUGGCACUGUUUGUAGCCUUUGCAAUUAACUUCAUUCUCCUUUUCUACAAGGUUUCCACGUCCCCAACGUUAGAAGAGAAGGAAAAAAGACUUGGUGUUUACAGUCAAGACGGCAGAGGCUCUCGAUGGAGCGGAAUGGGAAGUGGGCGUAGGGUCACAGUGCAUUAUGUUCUACAAGAAAGCAGUGGCUAUAUGGAGCCAACACUGAGGAUUCUGGCCAUCCUACACACUAUCAUCUCCUUCUUCUGCAUCAUUGGCUACUACUGUUUAAAAGUCCCCCUGGUUAUUUUCAAACGCGAGAAGGAGGUGGCCAGGAAGUUGGAGUUUGAUGGAUUAUACAUCACAGAGCAACCUUCAGAGGAUGACAUCAAGGGACAGUGGGAUAGGCUGGUCAUAAACACUCAAUCUUUCCCAUAUAACUACUGGGACAAGUUUGUGAAGAGAAAGGUUAUGGACAAGUAUGGAGAAUUCUACGGUCGGGACAGGAUUAGUGAAUUGUUGGGCAUGGACAAAGCUGCUUUGGAUUUCAGUGAUGCGCAAGAAAAGAAAAAGCCCAAGAAAGAAAACUCCUUCUGUGCAGUACUUAACUCUAUUGAUGUCAAGUAUCAGAUCUGGAAGCUGGGUGUCGUGUUUACGGACAAUUCGUUCUUAUACCUUGCCUGGUACAUGACUAUGUCAAUUCUAGGACAUUAUAACAACUUCUUCUUUGCUGCCCACCUGCUGGAUAUCGCGAUGGGAUUUAAAACAUUGCGGACUAUCCUUUCAUCAGUGACGCACAAUGGCAAACAGCUGGUUUUAACUGUGGGCUUAUUAGCCGUCGUGGUCUAUCUGUACACCGUGGUUGCUUUUAAUUUCUUCCGUAAAUUCUACAACAAAAGUGAGGAUGGAGACACUCCAGAUAUGAAGUGCGAUGAUAUGUUGACGUGUUACAUGUUCCACAUGUAUGUGGGCGUCCGUGCUGGUGGAGGCAUUGGCGAUGAGAUUGAAGACCCAGCCGGGGAUGAAUAUGAAAUAUAUCGAAUCAUUUUUGACAUCACCUUCUUUUUCUUUGUAAUUGUCAUCCUGCUGGCCAUCAUUCAAGGUCUAAUUAUCGAUGCCUUUGGUGAACUGAGGGACCAGCAGGAGCAAGUUAAGGAAGACAUGGAGACCAAGUGUUUCAUCUGUGGAAUUGGCAAUGACUACUUCGACAUGGUGCCCCACGGCUUUGAGACUCACACACUGCAGGAGCACAAUUUGGCAAAUUACCUAUUUUUCUUGAUGUACCUUAUUAAUAAAGAUGAAACAGAGCACACAGGACAGGAAUCCUACGUAUGGAAAAUGUAUCAGGAACGUUGCUGGGAGUUCUUCCCCGCAGGAGAUUGCUUCCGCAAGCAGUAUGAAGACCAGCUGAACUGAAUGAGGACUAAGCUGGCUUUGGGACAUUGCAGAUUGGUCAUUGGACCUGGAGAUUUCCCUCUUUGAAUGCUUUCAAGCCUUUCUUUGUGUAUAACCUGCUCAGUGUGCAUCCGGAACAACAACGCUGGAACGCACUGAGUCUGCUGACAGCACAUCUGCUUUCAAAUUGAUGUAGAGGGGGGG